CUGAGUCUUAUUCGGUUGUUUCCAGAAUGUUGACCACAAGAUGAAAUUCCGCUCCAAGAAGGGCCAGCUGCCGUUCGUCGAGCUGAACGGCGAGGAGAUCGCGGACAGCACCAUCAUCCUGCGGGAACUAAGCCAGAAAUUCGGCAAGGACCUGGACGCCGGUCUCACGUCCGAGCAGCGAGGCGUCUCCCACGCCAUGAUAUCGAUGAUCGAGAACCACCUCGUCUGGGUUGUCGCGUGCUGGCGCACGAAGAACCUGGAUCAGGUGCUGAAGGGCUACAAGGUCAAUCUGCAGCUCGCCCUGGGAUCGCGUAUCCCGAACGCCAUUCUGAACUUCUUCUUCAAGCUCACGUUCGGACGCAAGUUGGAUUGGUUGCAGGGCGCGAGGAAAGUGAAGGCUCAGGGAAUGGGUGUGCACAGUCCGGAGGAAGUGUCCCAAUUCGGCUGUACUGAUCUCAAGGUGCUCUCGGACACGCUCGCCGACAAGCCCUUCUUCUUCGGGGACGAGCCGACUACCAUGGACGUGGUAGCAUUCGCGCAUCUCGCUCAAAUCCUGUACAUCGACAAAGACACGCCGUACAGCCUGCGAGACUACAUGGUCGAGAACUGUCCCAACUUGGUCGGGCAUUGCUCGCGCGUUAAAGAACGAUGUUUCCCGGAUUGGGACGAGAUCUGCUCCAGCCUGGACAUGAAUACGCAUCUGCCGAAGCCCGAGAAGCAGGAGGAGAAGGAGGGCAAGGAGGAGGCGAAGGAGUCCAAAGAGUCCAAGGAGGAGAAAGAGGGCGACAAGGAGAAGGCGGACAAGGAGGAGAAGGAAGUCGAGAAGGACAAGGAAGUUGACGAGAACAAAGAAAAAGAGAAGGACGGCAAAUAAGCGGUCUCUCGUUGUAAAGGGAAGUAAUAAGUCGUUUCAAGGAUUUAAAGAGGCGAAGAGUCGCGAAGGUGUAUUGGCAAAUGAAUAAAGAUAGAGAUAAAGAGAGAGAGGGAUAGUUGGCGGUAAAAGUGUGUGUGUGUGUGCGUGCGUGCGUGCGUGAGCGUGGUUGCGUGAAUGCGAACGACGACGGAGACGAGGACGAUGUAGAAAGCACGUACAGAACGAUGACGAGGGAAGGGAGUUGCCGGAAGUGAGAGAUUGUGUGCUGGAGAGAAAGGGGGAGAGAAAGAACGAAAGGGAGAGAGAGAAAGGCAGAGAGAGUGUGUACGUGUGUACGUGUGCGUAAGAGAGAAAGCAAAAAAGAAAGAGAUGAGGUUUGGGACUAGAGCUCUCUACUUAUACGUAUAGAUAUUAAUAGACUCAUGUAUAAUGUUAAUACUUCGUUUAUAUACGUUCAAUGCGCAUCACGCGUUACUUCACAUUGACACACUCGAAAACACACACGACCGGAACGACUAUUCUCUAACCCACACACGCCCUUUCUCUGCUCUGCUAAGGACAAACGAAAGAAAAAAAAAAACAAAAAAACGGGGCUAUCUCAUAAGUCAUUAGAAACGUAGGAUUGCAAUAUACGAACUGCAAUAGUCUGACGCAGCUGGGGUCUUUGUCGACAGUGGCCAAAUGCAAUAUAGCGUUAACGCUAUAAGAUAGAAGUAGUUACGGGAGGAGAGGAAGAGAAGAAGAAGCGAGGGGGUAGAGUCGCGCGAACGGGCAUACCGAUCCCCGCCUUCUAAGGCGUCUCCUACUUCGCUUCUCUCAAAUGAUCCUUGCUGUGCAUAAGUUACCUUGCGUCCUGCGCGCAACGUAACGCAAUCUUCUUUUUAAUUUAGUUCACGUUAAUUUCCCUUUUUUUAAUACGUUCACACGUGUAUCGCGCGUUUUUACUUUCGCUUUCGUAUCGUGUUAAAUGACGUUUCUAAAAGAUUUUGUAUGACGAGAGAUUUUUUACGACGUAUAUCAUUGAGAGAGAGAUUGUCUAUCGAAACCAUCUGAGGAAGCACCGUUGCGUCCCAUAGCCGGUUCAUCGACGCGAUCCGAGAUUUUUUUAUUACGAUAACACUAAUGAUAACGCUAAUGUUAACGUAACAAUAAUAUUAAUAAGAGAAUGUGACAACAAUAAUAAUAUUAAUACUAACCGUAUAAUAAUGAUAGGAGGAAGGUAAUCCGAUGUCCAUCCGCGAAAACGUAAUGUUGGGUCAUCGAUUGACUGAAUUACUUCUCUCUCUCUCUCUCUCUCUUUCUCUCGUGUUCUUUCAACAAUCGAAUCGAGAGUCGAGUCACGCCAAUUGACCAGCUUAGCAACGGACGUCCUCAGACAGCCUAAUGUAGAAUGCAAAUGGAGUUGAGCAGGCCGUACGGAAAAGUGGUUCGAUCCGCUCUUCCGCCUGGCCGUAAAUCCCCGUUUGCAUUUCAGCAUCAUCUCGAAGCGCGUGCAAUCAAAUUUUACUUUUAACGACGACACUCAUUCCUAUAUUUCGUACGGACUAUACGAUUUGCAGCCUUUUACGAUCACUUUUUAGACAAAUGGGUAAGGAACCGCGAUAAGCGAGAUGGACGGCACAUAUUAUUACCUAUUAUUUGUAUAUUAUAGUAUAUAUGUAGACGCGCGCGCGAAUGCAGUCGGACUUAGAUACGCGAUGAAGAUGCCAUUCGUGUAUAGCAGAGUCGUAAUAUUUCGUCCCCUUAUCCACCCAUUCCUUGCUCCCUCCAAGCUCUUGCGUUUUUUUCCCCUCUUUUUAUACCCUCUUUCUUUCUUUCUUUUAGCGAAGAGGCACAGGUAAUGUUUUGAUCUCUUUUCCCUUGGUACUCAAAACGCUGUGCUGCCCACACGUAUUUUAUUGAUAUACGAUUUUUCGGACGUGUUAAGGAAAAAAAAAUUACCUUGCGUAAUACAAAGUGUCUUUCACGCAUCGAAAAUCGACAAUUUGAUGUAUAACGGGAAUUGAAGUUUUUUCUACGAACUGCGUAGCGGCUGCGUAGUUUUUCUACGGCAGCUGAACAUAUUCCACGAGAAGACACGAGAUAUAUUACAUUUAAGUAGCUUACUAUAUUAUUGAUAACGAUUAUAAAUAUAUAUAUAUACAUACAUCUAUGUAUAUAUAUAUAUAUAUAUAUAUGAUCACGUAAAGAAAAAAUGAUGAAAAAAAGAUUAGUGGAUGAUGCUGUUUAUACUUAGGACGGCGCAUAUGUUUUCACCUGUGGUUACAUAUUAUUAUGGAUUAUUACGUGCGAGUAAAUAAUAUAAAUUAGAGAAUGGAAGAAACAUUUGGACAAGAGAGACCAUAACGUUGCAAGCACAGUAGGUAGGCCCACUCAAUACAGUAAGAUUAUUAUAAGAGGAAUAUUAAUAAUUAUUAUAAUAUGACUGCUCGUUUUAUGCUCGGCGCUAUACAUUUCAUUGUCAUUAUUAUAUCACCAUUUAUUAACGAUAUACAUACGAACAAAUAAAAUGUGUUUAUAAAUAUGAA